AUGACUCUCAUCACCAUUUCUCAAUCUUUAGACGAAUCAUAUUCAAAGCAUAAGAUCAUCCCGGAUGUUGUGGAUAAGUUCGAAACUCAAGGAUUGUUAACCAUUGAAUACAACCUGGAGCAGGUUGCAUUGGGUAACACUUUGGCUGUUGCAAGAACCCAAGAAAAGCCUGUCAUUCAAUUCACCCCCAAUCUGCCAAACCAAGACGGUAAAGUUGAAGACUUCGGUAAGGAUGACAAACUCAUCUUGGUUUUGACUGACCCUGAUGCUCCUUCCAACAAGGACCACAAGUGGUCCGAGUAUGCCCACUGGUUGCUCACAGACUUGCAACUCAAGUCUGGCAAGGACGAUUCGAGCUACAUUUUAGAUUUCACUACAGGGUCCGAAAAGUUGGAAUACCAAGGUCCUGCUCCUCCUCCAAAAACAGGAAAGCACCGUUAUGUAUUCUUGUUGUAUAAACAGGAUCCACUGAUUAAAGAGGUCAGCACUCCCUCCGAUAGACCCACCUGGGGAACUGGUGUCCCUAGUAGUGGGGUCAGGGACUGGAUCGCAAAGAAUGCACCUGAACUGAAAUUAUUGGGAGUCAACUUCUUCUAUGCCGAGAAUGAGGACAACUAA